UGGUCCACUGUAGGCCCAGUCAGAAUCAGAUGGGAACAAUGGAUUUGUGUUAGGAUUACUUUUUUGUUGUUGUUAUACAGCACUCAAACAGCUUUUAUUUCCAGGUUUUUGUUUUCAGCGUUGGCAUAUGUUAUGUGUACAGAAUGUGGCAGAGUUUGGUGAUUGAGCGGUAAGGAAUGCAUGCCUGCUCUGCCUUCUGUCUUGUCAUCCCAGUCUAAUUAGGGGCCAGGGCAUCAGUCUAGAGGAGAGGGGAGGCUGUAUCUGUAAAAGCAUCAGUUUAGAGCCAAUAGGAGAGGCUGGAUCUUUGAAGCUAUCUAGCUGCGUCUGUAAAACCAUCAGUCGGGAGCCUAUAGGAGAUUCUGAAUGUGUGAAUACUUCAAUCUGGAGCCUAUUGGAGAGGUUGUAUCUGCGAAUAUGUUAGUCACUAUGCAUGGAAUCCUACCUACCCCCAGUUAUUUCACUGCCUAGGAUCUGACAUUCCUCAUAGUCUGACAAAGUCCUACAAUCCCCCCCAGUACUAAACAUUGACCUAAGGUUAGUUUCGGCAUUUCCCUCCCUCUUCCGUUCUGUAUGAUUUGAGCAGGGAACACUGAAUUGUAAAUCUGUUGCUAUGUUCCUCUUGAAAAUGAAUUAGUCUGUAAGACAGUUGGUUAGAUGAAAGUCAGGAAGCAACAGGCAAGGUUAUCAGAGGCCAGGUCAAAGGCCAUUAUUUCAGGUCUUUGACGAAGAGGCCAUGCAGAGCAGGUGAGAGGGGCUACAACUUUGACCCAUUUCUACCCGCCAGAGUUCUUAUUUUGGGCUACUGAAUCUCUGUUCCUACUUUCAUUCUGACAUCCAUUAGUUUCUCUGGCGUCUGGAAUCCUUUGAUGAGCCAGUCAGUCACUUCCCAGGAGAGUCAGACUAGCUUAACAGUCCACUCUGUAAUGAUCUGCUCUGGCAGAUCUCAAAAGUUCAAGCUUUGUUCAUUUUGGACAUGAUUUCUAGAGGCAAUAAAUUAGACAUUUAGAUUUUUGGGUUGUUGUCGCCUUGUGUUUUAAAAGUUGAACGUUUUGUUCAUCAUGCACAUGGUGGCAGAUGCUGUUGCUCUGUAACAAUGCAGUCGGUUAGGGUUAGUAAUCAAGCUGAGUACAGUAUUCCUGGAUGUGUAUUUGGUCGGUGUCCCAGCAGCAACUUCCUGCAUGUGUUGCGUUGCAGUGGACUGCACACAUGACUUGGCCGGGCUAAUCUUAGAAAGCAUGGCUGUGUCCAGAGGUCCCCGGGGGUGGGAGACGCCAUCCCUGGCAGUCCACUUCAGCCAAUCAGAGGGAGGGACAGAGUCCACAACCCACAGCCCUGCUGGCACCAAAUCCCUCCGAGCAGUGCCUGCUUUUGUGCCUGUGUGGCCGCGUUCAGUGCGUGAUGUUAAGCCAUGCGGAGGUGCAUUGGAUGUGUUGUAUGAAUCAACGUUAUACAGAACAGGACAUUCCAUCUGAAGACCACGUGAUAUUGCUUAGCACACUUGUCUCCUCAUCAAUGCAUUUAGCAGACCCCCAGUAAUGUCUCUUUCCUGUCCUCGAGUCCAGGGUCGGUUACGGUUACUGUAGCAAAAUUGCCUGACAGAGAUAUCAACAGUAUUCUCUGGGGAGGGGGGGAGGUGGUGGCUGCAGUUGGCUGGCCGCCGCAGGGGCCGUUCGUGUUGACGUUCAAACGUGGGUGUUCCGCAAAACAGAAUAAUCAGUGAUUGGAUCAUAUCCAACCAAUCAGUGUCAAAGCAAAUUAAACAUUUCCAAACCACUCAUUUACCAGUUUUUGAGACCAAUGCCAAUUGUUGUGGAGGUAGACCUGUGAUGUCCGAUGCUCUCUCAAAUGGAGCUGUACGUGUGGUGGACAGCGGAGACGACGCAUUGCCAUGCAAAACAUUUUAUCUAGAAAAUAUAGCUACAUAGGUUUGGGAACCACUGACUUCGACCAAUGCUCAAUAGAUGAGUUAAACAGGGUACUACGCCAGGGUACUACGCCAGGGUACUACGCCAGGGUACUACGCCAGGGUACUACGCCAGGGUACUACGCCAGGGUAGUACGCCAGGGUACUACGUCUGGGUACUACGCCAGGGUACUACGCCAGGGUACUACGUCUGGGUACUACGCCAGGGUACUACGCCAAGGUACUAUGCCAGGGUACUAUGCCAGGGUACUACGCCAGGGUACUAUGCCAGGGUACUGGGUUGAAUCCCCGAGACCACACAUAUGUUUGAAUGACUGAGUUGCUUUGGAUAAAAACGCUGUCUGCUGAAUGGAUACAUGGUAUCUGAGAUGCUGACUGACAUUUUUUGAGUGAAUGAUCCCUUUAAGGUGCUGUGUGAACAGUAAUAUGAAAGAUGCUGGGGUUGAGGGCUCCUAUUAUCUUCCAUUGUGUCUGGUUGUCAGGGGAAGGGGGCAGGUUUUUGGGGGAACUGUAUUGUGUGUGUGUCGUUUGUGUGUGUGUGUGUUUGCGUGUGUGAUGUGGGGGUGUUUGAAUAACGUGUAUUUGUAUCAGGAGUGUCUUUCCAUUCAAGGUUGAGGGGUCUGCUGGGUUAAGGGUCUGCUUUUCCAUCCUUGUCCCAGGUGGCCUUUCUACCUACACUUGCGCACACACACACACACACACACACACACACAGAUUGUUUUAGCAGCUGGAUCAUGGAGAAUGAACACGAGCCCUCUUCCGCUCCCCUUUUCCAUAGGUUCAGCCUCUAUCUCUUUAUUUCAUUCUUCUCAUCUCAAUACCUUGCUGUUUUUUCUCUCAUUCUCCUCUUUCUUCCAAUCUCUCGUGCCCUCUAUUUCCUCUUUCUUCAAACCGUGUUAAUGUCUUUCUUUAUCUCACUCACUGCCAUACAAUGUGUGGUGUCAUGGACUUGAUGACCCUUUCAGCCUCUGCUAUCCCUGAACUUUGACAUGUACUAUAAAUCCUGUGAUCUCCACUUCCUCUAGCAGCCUCUCUGGCUUGGGUUUCAUGCUGUGUGAGUGUCCAGUAUCCUUGAGAAAGGUCCAUAUCCUCUUUUUACCGGAAGAGCACAAGCUCAAGAAAUACACCCUGUCAUUUGUGCUGUUUUAUUUUCUGCUGAAGACGGACCACCAGAGGGUUUUUAUAUAGCAGGACUGGUAUUGACUGUGUCCUAGCCAUCACAUACUCAGGGGAAGCUAGCUAGUUAUUACAACACUUUGUGAUUACCAUCCCAGUCAGCUUAAUGACAAAUCACAUACGACACCAGUAAGACAGCGCUUAUUAACAAGCUGACGAUGGGUUAAACAAUGCAUUCAAUUACACAGUGCUUAGGUAGGACAGUUACGCCAGCAUAUACAGCAAUGGAUUUUUAGAAAACAGGUUUCAGGAACAUUGUUUAUUUUCAAAGGGCUAGUUAUUCUGAGACCUUAGCUUCACUGGCUGUGGUACCUUAUAUAUGUUCUGUCACUUUAUCUUCAGUGUGUGUUUGUGUGUGUGUGUGUGUGUGUGUGUGAAUGCAUGCGUGGGCGAGAGUCUCAAUCACAAAAAUAAAUCUUACUCAGUCAUUUUCACCUUGCUUGCUCUGCUGUGUCUGAAAUAAGAGUAUUUCAGGCCUGAUGGGCCCCUAUUUGGUGAGAGACAGUAAUCUCUGGGCUGGACUCCACAGAAAGAAGAUUCAACACAAUGACUCAAUGCAGCUUAUUCAUCUCAAUUGUCAAACCAACCUCAAAUUGGAUCUAAGAGACCCUCUUACACCCAGCCUCUGAUUAACUCGAAUUACGGAUCCUUAGGUACUGGAUCCAGAGUUUUCCUCCCUCCAGAGAGACCGAAAUCCCCCACACCCCCACUUUCCCUCCACAUGCCCUGAUAUACCUCGAUGAGGUUUUAUCUGGGCAUCACAAACAUGUCUUAACAUCUUGAAAGAGGUUGCUGGAUGGAUGCUGCCUCCCUCCAACCAGCUGGAUGUGCCGGGUGUUUUCCUCCUCAUCCUUCUCACAGCUCAGCCUGAAUCCGUCUUUCAUGUGAUCUCAUUUGAUCCAGCUCACUUGGUUCUCUACCAGAGCUACACGGGGAGGAGGAGAAGGGAGGAGGAGAGGAGAGGAAAGAGAGCAGGAGAGGGAAGGGGGAGAGACAGAAGACAUGAAAGACAGACUGUUUAUCAAACGUAGCCUAGUUAAUGAGGGAAAAUGUUGGAAAUGUGUCAAAGACAUUAUUUUAUCAUAUUUCGAUUUCAUUUGGUUUUCAUUGUAAAUGUAAUUCGUUUGCGCAUUUAUGAUAUUAAUCCAUAUGAAGUACAAUUUUGUUAAAUUAUAAGCUCAUGUAAAAAUGGGAACUCAAAUGGGAGGUGAAUGAGAGGAAAAGAGAGCCACUCGCGGAUUUGGGCACAGAACUCCAGGCUUGUCCUUGAACAGCAGUGCAGGAAUUAGUUCCAGUCAGAGGACGAGAGUUGUGCGCUAAGCCUGUGUGACAAGAUGACCCACGCAGAUGUUUCUGAAAAUAACCAAAUCUGCCUGCAUGUAGAAUAGCAGGUGGUGGUGGUGGAGGAGAACUGUGUCUGUGCGUGCAAACGGCACCUCAAGAUUCGGAAUGUAACUUAGUUAUUAAGGAAAUAAGGACAGCUGAAAUCCAACUCAAAUACAAGCAAAACUACCUCCCUAGCCACUGUUUUGGCUUGAGAUCUUCACAACCUUCACUACAGUACUAAGGAAGAGGAGGGAGAGCUGUGAGGAAGCUGACGCUGUUGGAUAUGGCUUUAAUGAAAUGUUUCGGUUGUUUUCUCUGGGUAACAAACCACAGAGAGAUAGCGUAAGGGAAAGACAGAGAAUGAGAGGGAGAUGGUGGGUGAGAGAAAGGCCUACAGCACUAGUGCCUGACACAUGUCUUCCAGCCAGUCUGUCAGAUGUGUGCCGGACAUGGAGACAGCAGAAAUGCAGUGGUGAUGUAGGUCAUUGUAGCAGGGCGGAGUGAAGGGAACACUUGUCCUACUGGGAGGACGGGCUGCCUGCUGCUACUGCUGUCACCUCUAACAAACGCACCCGCGCUCUCCAGGGCUCAGCAGUCUGUUUCAUUCACGCGUCUUCUGUUGUUCGCAUGGCACACCAUUCCAAACAGGGACCGUGGAAGCUGUCAAUGCCAGGACUCACACAUUCUCACUAUUCUCAUUACCACAUUACUCUUAGUGGAUUUCAAUACAAAACCAACCUGCACACUCUGGAACACCUUUCAAUCUAAUCAGAAAACAGUAUUCAACAAUUCCUUGCCUCUCCCAGGCAGGUUGGCAUGGCUCAGUAAUGAACGGUGCGGUGGUGCCCGGCAGCCCGGAGUUGUCCUCAUGCCCGCUGCCCGACUGGCGUGAAUUCUGCGAGCUGCACGCUCGAGCCUCCGCCGCAGACUUCGCCCACAAGUUCCGCCGCUUCCUGUUGGAGAACCCGUGCUACGAUUCGCCGGGCGCCGACAGCAGCUUCUCGCGGCACUUUGCUGGACACUUUCUGGAGUGCUUCUCUGCCGCCCUCAUCCAGGCCCGUGACCAACAGGCCUCCCUCUCCCCGGGGGACGACGGCGCAGACGCGCCGCCCAAAUACAGCAUCGUCCCGUUCCUUGGCAUUCAGGGUUGCCCCCUGCCCUACGGACACAACGACCUCUACCAGAGACGCAAGGACGCCGGUGCCUCCAGCGAGUCCCUGGACAGCAUGGACAGUGGAGGUUUGGGAAUAGCGGGAGGGACUGGCGGAGGGAGCUCCAACUCUGUGGCCCCGCCGCGCGGUACUCGGCCCGCCCACAAGGUGUCGGCCCUUGGCCAGUCACGGAGCUCGGAGGACGUGUCACUGGGUCACCCAAAGGCCCGCUUCAAGAAGGGCUUCUCCCUGAGGAACAUGAGCCUCUGCGUGGUUGAUGGAGUGAAGGAGAUCUGGCACCGGCGUGCCUCCCCGGAACCGGACCCCAUGGCCGGAGGGGUCAGAAGGCCCAACGGAGGGGUGGUGGGAGGGGAGCCAAGCGGGGAGAAAUGGUCCCAGAGACUGCGCCUACCCCGUGGGUCCCAGGGCCACAAGGCCGAGCUCCUGGAGGUCCAGAGAGACGGAGCGCUACGGUACAUGGUGGCAGACGACACAAACUGCAUGGGGGCAGCUCAGUGGCAGAAGUGCCGUCUGCUGCUGAGGAAGACCAGGAGAGACGAAGGCGGAGACAAGUUCCUGUUGGAGUUCUAUGUACCGCCAAAGUCAUCCAAGCCCAAAGUGAGCAUCCCUUUAUCGGCCAUUGUGGAGGUGAGGACCACAAUGCCCCUGGAGAUGCCCGACAAGGACAACACCUUCGUCCUCAAGGUACGGGUGGAAAACGGAGGAGAAUACAUUCUGGAGACCAUUGACUCACUGCAGAAAAACUCUUGGGUUGCUGACAUCCAGGACUGCAUGGACCCUGGGGACAGUGGAGAUGACAUUGAGCUGGCGUCGUGUCCCCAUGGCCAGGCUUCCAAAGACUUCUCCAUGGUGGCCUCUUGCAGCUGUGAGCUUCUGUCCGAGGGGGUCCAUCGCGUUCCAGAAAGAUCAUGUGGCACGGCAACAGAAGUGUAUAGCGCCCCCUCAGUCCGCUGCAGAGAACUGCCUUCCACCCAGCACCCCUCCCAUGUUCCGUUGGAGCGAUUCCUACAAUCCCAGGAGUCUCUGGGCAGCAGCCCCACCACUGGGCUUCCUGGCGAGGGGGCAACCGAGGCAGAGUUUGACCCCAGUCUUUCGGGGUUCCCGUGGUUCCAUGGGACGCUGUCACGUGUACGGGCAGCCCAACUGGUACUAGCAGGCGGAGCUAGGAGCCAUGGGCUGUUUGUGAUUCGCCAAAGCGAGACACGGCCUGGCGAGUAUGUCCUGACCUUCAAUUUCCAGGGCAAAGCUAAGCACCUGCGCCUGUCGGUAAAUGAUAACGGCCAGUGCCACGUUCACCACCUGUGGUUCCACACGGUCUCCGAUAUGCUCCGGCACUUCCACGCCCACCCUAUCCCCCUGGAGUCGGGCGGCUCGGCUGACAUCACGCUGCGCUCCUAUGUGCAGGCGCAGCGCACACCGACAGACAGAUAUCCCUCCUCGGUCUGUUGCUCCCACAACGACGCCGUACCUCGACUCCCCACCCCAUCCAGGGACCUAGGCUGCCGGACUGACCCGGCCCAGCCGAGCCUCCACCUUGCCGGGGUGUCCCAGACGGCGGGGACUGCUUCUGACACCCCUGUCUCCUCCAGCUCCUCGUCCUCCCCCACCGCUCCUCCUUCCCUUCCCCGCAGUGAGCCAGGUGGAGGAGGAGGAGGGGGGCUGGUUAGCAGGAGUAAUAGCUCUGAACGCCUGUUAGACGCUUCUAGCGGCGCCUCAGAGGACUACCAGGACACAGAGGGGACGCGCCGGAUCCGAGCUGUGGAGAACCAGUACUCAUUCUACUGAGGCCCCUAGGCCCUGCAAUCAGUACCGGGAGCCCUCUUUUGAGGAUGAGACAAAGAAGCGCACAGAUUUGGACUCAACUGUUUGCGGGUGGACAUGGUCCAAAUCACAGGGAGGAAGGGAAAGAAGAGAAAAGAAAGCAGUCUAGCGGAGGAGUCAUAUGGCUUUGAUUCACUUCACCAGACCACUUCCUUCCGGCCCUACCCACAAUUCCCUUGGAGCAAAGGCCCUGUCACCGCCCUGCUUAGUUGAUCAAGAGCUGAAGUGACCCGAAAUAAAUGGUUUCCCCAAUUUCCUCCCAGUCCCUCUUGAGCACAGCACUAAUGUUUGUAAAGCUGCUUCUAGCCUGUCCCGGAUAUCCUCGCUGUCCCCAAAGGGAGUUAAAAUGCACUUUCCACUCCUGAAGCUUUGUUGUAAUGAAUGGUAACACAAGUACAGUAAUUGGGAGUGUGAUGUUGUUUGAGAGAUUAAUAUUUUCUUUAAGUCUACAGCCAGAAGGUCUUAGUGCCUGUCAGUUACACUGAAUUUUCACAAUACGAUAUGGUGUUAAUACUGAUAUGCCUCAUUACCUAGGCAUUGAGUUAGAGACAUUUAUUAUUACAGUUAGUUUCCAGAAAAUUCUGAAUGUAUACCAAAUUUCAGAUUUUCCUUAUUGAAAAUAAUUGAAAUUGGAAUUUGAAAGAUAAUUUCAAUUUCUGUGUAUUUCCUAAAUUAACAGAAAAAAUCCAAACCCUGAAAACACUGCUCCAACAACCAGAACACAACUCACCACUCCAACUAGCUGAUAUGGUGCUGCUGGCAACAUGUUCAUAUCAAAGGCUGCUAAUUCAGUCAAAGUUAAAUUCAAAGUUACAGGCUGUGGUCUGAUUUCAUCAGCUAUGGCAGGUGAAAGGUACAGGCUAAAGUCUAAUACCAACUAGCAAUUGAAGGUGCAGGCUACAAUUCGGUAUUAUUCGCUAUGGGAGUCAAAGGCACAGGAAAACCACAGUAACCGGAGGAAUGGAAGUGUGUCCUUUUUUGUUAUGGUUGACAUCUAUGAGUGUGACUAAAUACUGGUGUAUUGAAUGCAGGUGGGUUUUUGCGUAUCAAUAAAUACAUAAAUACACAGGAAGUAACACUGACUCAAAUAACUGACUUAAAUUGCACUGACCCAUGAAGUACGACUUGACCGAUCAGCAAUUGAAUAUGACUACACGUCAAUUCUUUAGCAUGUGCAUUUUUUUUAACUUAAUACAUGCAAAGGUUGGAAAUUGUUUUAAAACUGCAAUAAGGCAUCCUGCGGUUGAGAUACAUUGCCACAGCUAAGUGCUUUGUCUAGACACUAUACAAUGUGUUGUGCCUAAGAACAGCUGUUAGCAUGUGUAUAUUGACCCCUGGUGCCUUAUUGCUUACGUACGCUUCUGUUGCACACCUGCCACUGCAGCAGGAAAUGUAGAACUAAAGUAUACAUUUUUGUUGUGGCUAGAAGGAAGCAAAAUCUCUCAUCCCCUUCCUCAAAAUAGCUAGGACUGCUGGCCAGAAAGACUAACUAAAUAGCUGACUAGUUGAUGGAUGCAAACAAUGUUCUCUCCUAAAAAGUAAUAUCGAUAUGACAUCUGUUUAUCUCGGACCACUGGACAGAAACAAAACUAGCUGAUGGAUGCAACCAAUGGUCUCCCUAACAAACAAAAAAACAUCCCUUUCAGUUAGGUAACUUGCAAUUUCAUAUCAUAAUUGCAAUACUCCAAGGGAAACUCCUAAGGCUAGUAAGCUGCUAUAACAAUAUUGGUUUGCUUUUGUUCAAAUAGGCUGGAUUCUGGGGGAAUACGUAAAUUGUUUCAUGUAAACCUUUGAUACCUGAAUUUGGAAGAAAGUAGAGAAUGCAGGGGACGUAGAGAACACAGAGUUAAGUGUUUUGGUAGGGGAUGGUGGACAGGCGGAAACACCCCUGACUUUUAUUACUUGAGUGCAAGUUCAAAUCCAUGGAGAAACCAUAACCCAAACCUUUUCUAACCCUAACCCUAAACCCAUGGCUUUGACACCUAACCUUAAUCCUAAUGUCAAAUGUAAUUUGUCAAUACAUAAGUUAAUAUGUUUUAGUAGCAUUCUUAACAUACUUUUAACAAAUUCAUAACAUAUGAUAUGUUUUGGUAGUGCAUUGUAUUGUACCCCAUGUAAUUUAACAUAUAAAAAUUCAGCUGUUACAGAAUUAAAUAAUGUUACGUAUUCCCCUGAGACCAGGUUGGCUUUGGGGCGGCGGGUGUCGUUGGUUGUUUAAUUCGUUAUUUGUAAAGCUGUUUUCAUGUUCAACUGUUUUAAUAGAAGAGUAAGAGGAAGCAAAAGCAGUGAAACCAAAAUAACGAAAAUGACUGCAGUUGCUGGUCUUUGAUUUCGGGAUAGUUCAAUGUAUCUUAAUAGACGCAUCAAACUUGUGUUAGCCUAUUUAACGCGUCAGAUAGCGUUAAUAAACGUGUCAAUUUUGAAACGCAAAGACCCAUACUUGUGUGAUAUAGCCAAUCCAAGUGUGUAAUAACUGGCUCGUCCUCCAUUGAACCUUUGUUUGGUGAUUCUUUUGUCCCAGGUUUCAUAUCGUUAAUUUUGGCCAAGGACAAGACAUCUGAAGAUUUGCUUUUGAAGUUGGUUGUGUACGUUCUAACGAACGUCGGACUUGGGGACCAUCAUUUGGGGAGUGCUACUUAUUGGCACCGCGGCAAUGUGUGUACAGGCGGUCUCAAUGUAGUCCCUAGAUGGUCAUGCUAGGAAAGCCCAACUCAAUAAUAGGUUAGAAGUAAAUCAGCAUCUGUAGUUAGAAACUGCGGUAAGCUACGUUGUGUCUCUUGCAUGGCCAUAUGGUGACAAUCACCCUUUGGCGCCGUAUAUCAGACUAGUAAAUAACAGGAAGAGUGGGAAGGAGGCAGUUUGCGAUAUGUGCCAAUUUGAUAGGUAGGCUAUUUUUGAAAAGUAGCUAUUUAAUUCUCGGCCGAUGUGAAAUACAUUUAUCAAGUCUAAUUUAUGUAAUUCCUAUUGUUUUCUGCAGUGAGAUACUCAAAGACUCAUUCACAUAUCAGAGACUAGUGCGGGCGUUACGGUUUGGCCUACCGUUAUUUUCUUUAAUAUUUAACGCAGAUUUCUGUUUUCUAGCUGAGUUUUGAAGAGUCUGUGCAAUUUUGUACAAAAGUGAUGUACUUGACAUAAUACUUUAUAUUUCUGUGAAUAAAACGUGAGCAAACUUACAAUAACUUUCUCGUGUAUUGUCUCUAUAGCAACAGGCAACCUGAUCUUGCCCCAACCGUUAAAAUCAUCAUUAACUGAACUUUACAUAGUAGGGGAGACCGGGGGAAAUU